AUCAAAUCAUCUUCUCCUCUCAAAAAAUCGUAAAUGCAUUUUUUUCUCCCUAGUAUUUGACGCCUUUUCAUAUCUGCUAGUCUAUUAGAAGAAGGCCAACAUCAAUUCCAGAUCGACCAAAUCCCUUACACCAGAAAGUGUACUCAAAAUGAGAAUCCAAAAAGGAAUGAAAAUUUCACGUCUCAAUCUCCUCCUUAUUGCUAUCUUGAUCUCAUGUUUGUUGGUAGUGACUCAUGGGAAAGAUGAGAUCAGUACAAAUGAAAUGGUGGUAGCAAGUACUCCAACAAAUCCAACUAAAAUGGGAAAAGCUGGUUGUGAUGAGGAAGGUAGCAAUGGUGAGAAGUGCAAAGAUGGAAGCGAGAGAAGUGGUAUAAUUAGUGGUUCAGAAGAUCAUAAUGGUUUAGAGGUUGAAGACUAUAUCUACACACAGUCCCUUCCUUGAAUAUUAGGUUUUUUCAGAUUAUCAUCGGUUUUUUACUUGAUUUUCAGUAAAUCUGGUGGUCAUCCAUGUUGUAAUGUUCAUCAUUAUGAAGGGAAAAAGCAACG